AUGGCCUCACAAAACCCAUGUAUAUUGAUGAAACCUAAACCCUACUCCUUUCUCCUUCUCCACCGAUAUUUCUGUGCGGAAUCUUGUCCUCUCAUGGCCCAAAACCCAGAUUAUGUCGACGAAGAACAACCACACGACGACAAACACAACCAGCACUUGGGCUUUCCGGCCCGGAGUCUUAGCGGAGAGUCUCGGGCGGAACGGGCAUGGGCUCAUUGGACCAAGUUGGGCCGACCCAGAUUCAUAGUGGCCCCGAUGGUAGACAAUUCGGAGUUGCCGUUUCGAAUGCUCUGCCGCAAGUACGGUGCCCAGGGCGCAUACACCCCCAUGCUACAUUCCCGCAUCUUCUCCGAGACCGAAAAGUACAGGAACGAAGAAUUCACCACUUGCAAGGAGGAUCGACCGCUCUUUGUUCAAUUCUGUGCCAACGAUCCCGAUGUGUUGUUGGAAGCUGCACGCAAGGUCGAGCCUCAUUGCGAUUAUGUUGAUAUUAAUCUUGGGUGUCCACAGCGCAUUGCUAAACGGGGAAACUACGGUGCCUUUUUGAUGGAUAACCUUCCUCUGGUGAAAUCUCUAGUGGAAAAGUUAGCUGUAAACCUCCAGGUUCCUGUUUCAUGCAAGAUUAGGCUCUUUCCCAAUCUGGAAGACACUUUGAAGUAUGCUAGGAUGCUUGAAGAGGCUGGUUGUAUGCUUUUAGCUGUACAUGGCAGGACCAGGGAUGAGAAGGAUGGGAAGAAAUUUCGAGCAGACUGGAAAGCUAUCAGGGCUGUGAAAAAUGCAGUCAGGAUCCCAGUCCUUGCAAAUGGAAACAUACGCCACAUAGAUGAUGUUAGAGACUGCCUGGAAGAGACUGGGGUUGAAGGGGUGCUUUCUGCUGAGACCUUGCUUGAAAAUCCUGCUCUCUUUGCUGGAUUUCGAACUGCUGCAUGGGUGUCUGAAAGUGAAGGAACCAAUGUGGAUGGAAAACUGGACCAGGCAGAUCUGGUAAUAGAGUAUUUAAAACUUUGUGAAAUGUACCCUGUGCCAUGGAGGAUGAUUCGUUCUCAUGUUCAUAAAUUGUUGGGAGACUGGUUCAGCCUUCAGCCUCACAUCAGGGAGGAGCUAAACAAGCAAUCUAAACUGACUUUUGAAUUUCUUUAUGACAUGGUAGAUCGACUUAGGGGUACAGGUACAAGAAUUCCACUUUACAAAGUGACCCGAGUGGAACUUACAGCAGACAGUUAUUCAGAUUGA